AACCGAGAUGCAGAAAUAUGCGGUUCAGCCAAGGUUUACAGGCCCGGCCACUACAGUGAAAAACCCGGCUCCUCCAUCACCAGGACACAAAGCAGCAGUUAUAGCCGUGGCCUCUUGCAGUGUCUUGAUCCUCAUUAUGGUAGCGAUAUUCCUGAUGUCGAAGCGCCUUCGGGAUCGCUCACCUGCCAACGACCUAUGCAACGGCCCACCUGCAAUCUUCUACGUAGUUCAGUCUCCCGAGAGGUCACAGUGCUCUCUACUUCGCAUCCAGCAGGAGAGCGUCGUCGGCAAUUCCCAGCCGUGCGAGAACGUCGAAGAUCCCGCGACAUGUGAGAACGGAGGCUCGAACGGCGUUUUCGUGCCGAGUCGGAGUCCUCGUCCAGAACCACCUUCUUCAGUAUGCAGAAACACCAUUGGGAGGGAAGUCGUUGCUGGCCAUGUGGUUUCCGAGCGUCCAGGCCAACCCUUGAGCAAAACUAUCAGCAACCACGUCUACGAAAGCAUCACGGAUUUGGAGGCUUCGGACGAUGAGCAUUCGAGUUCGAACAGCACUUACGAACCGUUUUGUGCGUAAAAGGUUUCGCUGCCAUUAAGGUCGCUUUUAGUUAAAUAAUGACAGACAAAGAGAGAGAGAAGAGAGAAAAACAGAAGGAAAAUAGAAAGAGAAACAUCAAAAGAGUUACGACCAGCAAGAUUUUAGACCUGAUGACGGAACCCCGAUAUACUGGCAAGAUUCACAUCCCGUUGAUAAAGGGUAAGAGAACUCACGUCGAAAUUCCUCAAUUCUCCGUGACUUAGAAAUGUUCUAGUCUGGAUCUCGUAUAGCACGACCUCCUCUGAAUCGCCUAACACUGUGCUACCGUAGCCUCAGUCACCAAAGGUUGUGUUACGGAGGAGAAGGUCACUACAGCAAGGAGAGUGUGUAUAAGGUCAUCCUUCAAAGCUUAGGUUUAUGAUGACCUAAGUUCUAUGGCACAAGGGUUGACUGACCUCCGCGCUACUCACAGAUUCCGUCAACAAGAGAACGUCGAAACAGAUUGGUCUUCGUCAGCCAUGACUUUACAGAGCAAGCUUCAGGAAGGUUUCAGUGAGAUCGUCUACUACCUGCGGGUGUUCAAAGUCGUCACCUCGAUCGGUUGUCCAGCCUUGUACCAAGUGUUCAUGAGGGGCUGCUCGAAGGACCCCCAACCAGACGCUGGAAGAAUUCCUCCUUCGGGAAAGCUACAUGUCCAGCAAUGACUGUCGCAAACUACUCAACAACCAAAUUAAAGGAACCAAAUUAGGACAAAUCCUUCAGGGGGACAAGUUCGACAUGACGUUACUCCUGCUGGUCACCAAAACCGCGCGGGAAAACGUGAAGAGUGAAACAGACUUUUGGUCGAAAGUGACAUGAAGGAUUUAACGACGAGGAAGCGUGUAAAGGCUAAUAAGAGAUGCAAUGCCCAGAGGAAGAAGAUGUUUACGAUGAUGCCAAAUAUAUGCCGUGGAAGACAUCAGACAUAACAUGUGGAUGCCUACAUAGAUGCCAGAACGAACGGGUGCCUAGAAUUAUACCCGAACAAAAGCGUACGAGGUUAUGUAAAAUUCCAUACUGCCAAUGUCAGAAUACAUUUGCUACGGUGACGUCACAAGAUAAUGAUCACAUUGUUGCCAGAACAAGAGAGUACCCGCAAGAAUGUCAGAAUGAGAAUAGUCAAAUUAACGUCAUUGUGUGCUAACGAUCACGCCACAAAGGUGAAAAGUAUAAGAAAUCCAAAAUUAUGCA